UGCAGCUCCCUCCCUGGUGACAUUUUUUCAACUGGUCUGUUUUCUGCUGCCUCAGCUGCGGUAUUUCAGAACUCGCAAGGUAUGGCCAAGACAGUUGCUGCGGCUGCCCUGCUUGUCUCGGUGUCCAUCUUACAAAUAGCCCGAGGCCAAAAUGUCACAAUACAGAAACCGGGGCUCCGAUGUUACAGCUGCAGCUUUAACCAACCCUGCACGGAGACACAGGUGACCUGCAAAGAAGGAGAACAUUGCAGCAUGAUAAGAGGGCAUUCAGAUUAUAAAGUUCAUGAAUCCAUCUUCAAGAAGGGCUGCAUCUCGGCAAAGAAAUGCAGAAGCUCGGACAAUAUCAGCUACUGGAACAACCCCUUCCGUGUUACCUACUCCUGCUGCAGCACAGAUCUCUGCAACACGGGCAUCUCUAGGGCCCCCCAUGCCUCUAGCACCAACCUCCCCAUGCUCUGUGUGGCCACUGUCCUGACUAUCCUAUUUGCCUCCCUCUCCUGAGACCCAGAAUCUGCCUGCUCCCUGAGGGAACUGUCCCCCUUCCCAGCAAUGACUGAAUUCUCCCUAAACACACACACCUUUGGGCUAAAAACCAGCAGAGGGUCUGUUGUCAUAAUGGUUGUGAUGCAGUAUUUUGGUGUCUACGUUGCAUGGUUUAGAUAUCUAUCCCACCUGAUGGCCCACCUAUGAGCUCACCAAACUGCUUGCAAAAUUGCCAUGGAACAGAUCAUUUGUCAUGUUUGUUCCAGAAAUGAUCUGUGAAGUCCUGUGGACCCAGGAAUCUGCUUGAUGCUGAACCAGAUGGCCACAAUGUGUUUAGCAGGAGAAAUUCAUACUAAAAUGCUGAAGAAUUUUCAUGAGGAUUUGUUUUUUAAAAAUCUGGUCCAUCUACCUCAGUUUUGUCUACACUGACUGGCAGUGGCUGUGGCGGGCUUCUAACAGGGGGGCUUUAUUUAUUAUAUUUAUUUGCAGCUGUAUAAACUGCUUCACAGCUGAAAGUUUCCAAAACGGUGUGCACUAUAAUAAAAUAAAAUACGAAAGAUUAGAAAGUCAGUAAGCGAAAAGUAAUGACAUCAGUAAGUUCUAAAAUUGCUGUAGCUUCGGCUAUGGGGCGGUAUAUAAAUGUAAUAAAUAAAUAAAAUUGCACAGCUAUGCUAGGGAUUGAACCUGGGACCUUCUACAUGCCAACAUGUGCUUUGCCAUUGAGCUAUGGCCCUUCCCCUAACAUUGUCAUGACAGUGAGAUGAUUUGGUGGUGUUCCCUGGUGCUGCCAGUUAUGAAUGUGUCUGUCCUUUCUUUUCUGAGAUACCUGAUGCCGUCUUAAGGAAAUCUUUUUUUCCCAAACAGAAGAUUCUGGGAUAACGUCUUAUCCUGAUGAUAACUUCACAGGUUAUCAACUUUCGUGAGAACUAGCGUAACAUACCAUCUGAGGCUGCAGUCCCAUGCACACUUUCCUGAGAGCAAGUCCCAUUGAAUUUAUUGCAGUUACUUCCAAGUAAACAUGCAUAGGAUCAGGCUGAAAGUGUGUGAGCCAUGGGCCGCAGAGUUUCUGGCUGAACUGUCGCCUCAGCUGGGAACUCAGGACGUGGCAGUCAUCAAGCCAGUGUUCUGUAGCAGCCUCUGAUCUGGAACAUGAGGAUGAGAAUAAUAUUGACCUACCUCACAGAAGUAUUGUUAAGGUUGCUGAGGUAAUGUAAGCAAAGGGCACUUUAUAAAUGUUAAGUAUUAUUAUUCCUAUUCUACACCAGGAGUAGCCAACAUUGUGUUCUCCAGAAGUUGGGGAUUAGAACUCCCAUAUGCAUAUAACAUGUACAGAGAAAGGGGCCUGCAGGAGUUGGCAAUGGAUCCUCUGGUAGGGGACAGGACAGGGUGGGUGAACCUAAGGCUCUCCAGAUGUUGUUGGACUAAAACUCCCAUCAGCCCCAAGUGGUAUGGCCAAUGGUCAGGGAUGAUGGGAGGUGUAGUCCCACAAUAUCUGGAGGACACCACAUUGGCUAUCCCUCUUCUGCACUUUCUGUCAUUUCUUCUCUGUAGAAACAGGUUGAGUCUCCAUUCCAGCCGAGUGGAUUGUUAAAAGGACAAAGAGUCUUGUGGCACCUUAAACUGAGAUGGCCACGCACACACUUACACCCCGACCAUAUAUUCAUUCAGGUGAUGAGCCCUUUGGCUUUAAGAUGAGCAAUAUUAAUCACUGGUUACAUGAUUUGACCAUCUUGUUCAUCUUCUCAGACUCUGCUCCAGGUUCCUCUGCUGUCAGCUGUGGCACCAGAGAUGAGUCACCUGGGUCCAUCACUGCUCAUUUUUGCAGAAUGCCAUCUCGUUUCAGCUGUAUUUUAUGCUGCAUCUGCCUUUUUGUUUUUGUUGUCCUUUUUAGAUUGCUCUGUGGUUAUGCUGAUAUUUUGCAUUAUCCUGGAUUACUUUAUUUUGAUUGUAAGCCACCUUGAGUGUAUAUUAGAAAGGUGGGGUAAAAUCCUGAAAAUGGAACCCAACUCACCUUUACCCCAGAAACUUUCCACACCAUGCAUUUAAAUUUGUAUUUAAAUUUGAAAAUUUUAAUUAUGUUUCAUUGUGUAUUGUAUUUACAUCCACCUGUAUUUUAGCCUGUUUUAUUAUGCUGUGCACCGCCCUGGGAGCUUAUUGCUAUAGGGCGGUCUAAAAAUGUAAUAAAAUAAAAAUAAAUAAAAUAAAAGCACAUGGCUCUCCCCAACGAAUCCUGGGAACUGUAGUUUGCUAAGGGUGCUGGGAACUGUAGCUCUGUGAGGAGUAAACUUCAGCUCUCAGGAUAAUUUAGGGGAAACCAUGACUGUUAAAGUGCUAUAAAGGUACUUUGAAUGUAUAGUAUGGAUGUGACCUCCUACAUAGGGUUAGGCUAGAAUCCAAUACAUGUCUACUCAGAGCUCCAUUGGGUUCAAUGGGACUUACUCCAAGGUAAGUGGGAACUGAAUUGCAGCCUUAGUCUGUAUUGCAGGGCCUCAUCAGUACAACCCUGCAAAAGAGGGUUUUUUUCUGCCUAGAUGGCAAUCCUACACAUGCUGUCAGAUAUGUCCAGAGCUUUAGAAAUGUUUUCUCAAGGUUAAGGUGCAUAUUUCUACACCGCUUGUCUUCAAAAAUACA